GCGUUCGUUUGCCACUUCGGCGCGCGCAGCCAUCCCGACGAGCCCCCUUUGUCGCGGUCUCAGCCCACCGGUCCGCCUUCCUCUUUCCACCACGCCAGCGCUUCAUGGCUUCCUCGACCGCCGCCAUGCAACACCAACUGCCCACCACCGCGACCUCGCACCCCGACGAUCCAAUUCCCUCCGAGCCGCGCGAGGUUCCCCAGCUGGUGUUGAAGCCGACGCGUGCUGACCAGCCCGAGCACACAUCGCCCAAGUCAUCGGGCGAGUCGAUACUAUGGAGCCAGAACAGCAGCGACGACUCUGAGGCGCCCAUGACGCCCAACACCGAGCCCGACCAGGCCGUCGAGGAGAUUGUCGACAAGCUGCAGGACCUCCCCGCCGCCAGCGUCAACUUCAAUGGCCAGACGCGUCCUCGACGGGCCUCCACGACUCUCAUUUCCGACAGCCCAGCAGACAUCCAGCGGAUACUGGGCAGCGGCGAGACAGCCACCAAGCUCAUCAGCCAGUGCUGUGGCGGUGGCUGCUGUCUGCUCAAGACCCUUCAGCCAGACACAUCCUUGCCGUCCUUCCUCCCUGUCGUCAUCCCCGACAAUGCCGCCUUCAAGAGCCUCAAUCUCAAGAUUGGCCCGCUCGCUCUUGAUAGCGAGCUUACCGACACAACACCACUUCCCGCGGUCAACAUGUCCUUCGAGCCUCUGGCGUCCAAGGAGGUCAAGCACAUCUCGGAGGUGCACAAGGCACCGCCCAAGUACGUCCAGCCACACCCGCCGUACAACGUCUACUCUGCGCCUCUGUACCACGCCCGCGAGUUGACCAAACCUGGAGCCGAGAAGAGAACGAUUCACUUCGACAUCGACGUGACAGACUACCCCGACGAGGGCGGCGUCGACUUCAAGGUUGGCGGUGCCAUUGGCAUCUGUCCGCCUAACGCACCGGAUAUGGUCGAUGAGUUGUUCGAUCUUCUCGGUGUACCAAAGUUUGUUCGUGAUAAGCCAGUAACACUCAAGACUAAGUCUGGGCGAUGGCCUACAAUCUGGGGAGAGGAUGAGCCACGCGAGCUUGUCACCACACGCCGUGAGCUGCUCACAUGGUGUGCAGACAUCCAAUCGAGCCCACCCACCAAGAACCUGCUUCGCGUCAUGGCCGAGUUCGCCGAUGCACCCAACGAGAAGAAGAUCCUCGAAUAUCUCGGCUCGGCACAGGGCCAGGCAGCCUUCUGCGACCUACGCACCACCUCGCAUCUUACCAUUCCCCAGAUCCUCAGUGCUUUCCCUUCCUCGAAGCCUCCACUACCAAACCUCCUCUCCGUCCUCACACAGCUCAUGCCACGAUUUUACUCGCUGUCGAACGAUCCCCACAUUUCGUCUGCGCGCCCUGGUCUGCCUGGCACGCGCCGUCUGAUCGAAAUGGCCGUAACUAUCCACGAAGCCCCGGAUUGGCACACGUCCGGUGGCACACGCACCGGUGUUGGUAGUGGUUUCAUGGAGCGUAUCGCCCAGCAAUUCAUCUCUGCUGAGCAGGAAGGCGUUGAUCCUCGCGAAAUCCUUGACCUUCGCGUUCCUAUGUUCCGUGGUCUCAUGGCCAACCCACUGUCCAAGCAAUUUGGCGGAGAAGGCCCAAUGGUCCUCAUCGGUGCAGGUGUCGGCAUGGCUCCAUUCCGAGGCUUCAUCUUGAACAGGCUGAAGAACGCCAACUGUGCCAACAAGAUCUGGCUCAUUCAGGGCGUUCGCGACUCCAUGUUGGACGAGCUCUACUCUGGUGAGCUCGGUGACCACGAGCGCGAGAUCAAGAAGGUUGUCCAAAGUCGCAAGACACGUAUCAGCGGUCAGACUGAGGCUAAGUACGUCCAAGAUGAAGUCCGCAUGCAGGCGGACAUCGUCUGGUUCGUCAUCAACGCACUCGAUGGUCGUAUCUUUGUUUGCGGUAGUAGCAAGGGCAUGGGUGAGGGCGUUGAAGAAGCCUUGAUCGACAUCACCAUGCAGAAGGGCAACCUCAGUCGCGAGGAAGCUCACGAGUUCUGGGCCAACAAGAAGAACGAUGGCCAGUACAUUGCCGAAACCUGGUAAAUCGCCACGCCGAUUAAUCACUGUAUAUAUCACGUAUUUUUCCAUCGUUCCAUCGUCGUACCAUAUGGCAUUGGCGUUUCCAAAAGGCGCCGUUUAGACAAAACUUGCACGCGCAUACGUUUGAAAGGGUUACAAUGUUGGAUUU